AUGGCCCACCUAAACCCGCGUACCCCAUUACCUUCCGAUGCUGUACACAUCAAUCAUGAUGGUGCCCCAACAGCUCCGACUCACAUGAUUCACGUGACCUACACAGCUGCAGAAGCAGCUCAAGGUCAAAUUCCGAGCGGAUACAUUCAACCGUUUUACCCACCUCCUGGCCUGCUGUACCCUUCUCGCCCUCAAGGUGGUCAACAUCCACCUCCUGCCCCCUCGUACCCACCACAAUCAUACCCAACUUCAGCCCAACAACCUUCUGGUGGUGGUUCACAUCCACCACCUGUUCCCGUAUCAUCACACCCUUAUUUAUCCGGAUCUUCGUACCCAGGUUCUUACGUUUUCACAGAUCAUUCUGGAUCUUCGUACCCUGGCUACCCAUCUACUACAUCUGCACCGUUUUCUGGUUCUUCGUACCAACCUCCAUCUGGUUCUUCGCACGUUGCUCCAUCGUAUUGUCACCCCGGUCCUGGAAUAGGCGCCCCACCCAGCAUGUUUGCACAUGCUGGAAACCCUUUCCAAACCGAUUCUUUCUAUCACCACCGUCCUGUUCACUUCGAUCCUUCGGCUCAUUUCCAUAAUCGCCCGUUUUCUCAACUGCCUCCUUCUGCGCACUCGUAUUCUCAACCUACUCCGAAUUUACAUCUCCACUCCAAAAUCAAAGAGAAAGACACGCAAGACACGCACUCGACAACUGGUACCGCUCCCUCUGCUUGCUCUAGUCAACCUGCUUCUACUCCGACAGGUACACCCAUCAUGGGUUUACCUGGUACUGCCAACAUUGACGUUCCAAUUCAAUUGACCUCGGACAACAAUGAACAAGACGCGAUUCAAAUUGUGUUAGACAACAAUGAAAGAGAUUCGGACUGGCCUCCUAUUGGCUGA